AUGCGAGAAAUCAGAGAAUCGCUUUGUCGGAGAGGCACAAGUGCCGUUUCUAGAGCCGCGCUCGUCAUCAUCAUCGUCUCCAUCGUUGCGGCCAUUGCCCUCGGCUUUUUGAUCUGGUAUCUCGUCCGCCGCCACAAAGCGAACAAGGCCCGCAAGGCGAAUGCUAAUAGCGGCCAGCUUGAUAUUGAGAAGUCGCGGGACGGGAUCUCAAACACCCACUCUGCGGACAUCCACUACGCUCCCAGCCUACAGUAUGGCCCGCUAGAACACGCCGACUACCAGCCCCCGCCCGAGUCGUACCAGCCUCAACCACCCCUUUUGUACCACCCCAGCGUCAUCCCAGGGUAUAGCCAGGCCGGUAGUCCGCGCCUUGGAGACGCCGGCAGAAGGUAG